UGUAUAUUUUUAUGAAAGUAUUUUUCAAGAUAAAUCUAUUCAUAUAAUUUUUAUAUUUUUAAACUUAACAACUUGACUUAAACAUUAUUCUAAACGGUAUUCUUUACCAGUACUUAUGUAAGAUCCGAUGUAUCAGCUCCUCCAGGUUACACUUCAGUUGACCCCAGCAGGUGUUGACCUGUAGUCUCCGGCUACCACUCUAGCUUAAGCAGUCUAGCGAGCUCAUCGCGUCGCGCUCUUCUCGACGAGCUCCAAUUUCAGGCAAGAUGUCGAUGCUGCCGCGCUUCCUCCUCCUCGUCGUGCUGCUCGCGGUGCCGAUGACGGCGGCGCAGCAGCAGUACGAGGCCAACGCGCAGGGCGACUGCUACACCGACAACGGCAGCUCCGUCCUCGGCUACACCUGCGGCACCGCCGCCUCCCCGCCGCCGCCGCCAUGCACGGCCUACCUCACCUUCCGCUCCGCCCCACCGAGCUACGCCUCCCCGAUCACCGUCUCCUACCUCCUCAACGCCAGCGUCCCCGCCGUCGCCGCCGCCAACUCCGUCCCGGUCUCGCCUCCGGUCGCCCGCGACGGCCUCCUCCUCGUCCCCGUCCCCUGCGCCUGCACCGCCGCCGGGUACUACCAGCACGACGCCGGCUACGUCAUCCAGUUCGACGACGAGACCUACUUCGUCAUGGCGAACGACACGUACCAGGGGCUCACGACGUGCCAGGCGCUCAUGGCGCAGAACCCGGCGCACGACAGCCUCGACCUCUACCCGGGAAUCAGACUCACCGUGCCGCUGCGCUGCGCGUGCCCGUCGCCGGCGCAGGCCGCCGCCGGCGUGAGGUACCUAGUGACGUACCUCCUCGGCUGGGACGACGACUCGUCCACCGUCGCCGACCGCUUCGGCGCCGACUACCAGGCCGUUCUCUUCGCCAACAACCUCACCGACGACUCCACGGUGUAUCCCUUCACCACGAUGCUUGUCCCGCUCAAGCAUCGGCCCAAGCCCGACGUGACGGUCUUGCCGGAGCCGGGGCCUCCUUCUCCGGCUCCGGCUCCGGCAGUGUCAGCUCCGCCGCCGCCGGCGGUGCCUUCCAGCGAAUCGGGCAGUGGGAGGUGGAAGAAAUCCUUUCGCGGUAGGUGUAUCGGCAUUGGAGUUGGUGUUGGGUUCGCCGUUCUUGCGUCUGGUGCUCUGCUUGCUCUGUUCUUGCUACGGCGUCGGUGGCGGUGGCGUGGCAACGGCGAGCUUCACGAUGUGCCGUUGGCUCCGGAUAAGGAGGGAGCGAAGGCGACGCCGCCGCCGUGGAUGCUGCCGACGACGGUGGCGGACGUCGACGUGCGCGAUGCCGUGGGAUCGAUGGCCGUGUACGAGUACGGCGAGCUGGAGCGGGUGACGGCCGGGUUCGCGGAGGAGCGGCGCAUCGGGGACUCGUCGGUCUACCGCGCGGUGAUCAACGGCGACGUCGCGGCGGCGGUGAAGCGCGUCGCCGGCGACGUGGGCGCCGAGGUGAGCGUCCUGGGACGCGUCAGCCACUCGUGCCUCGUCCGCCUGUUCGGCCUCUGCGUGCACCGCGGCGACACGUACCUGGUGUUCGAGCUCGCCGAGAACGGCGCGCUCAGCGACUGGAUCCGCGGCGACAACGGCGGCCGCGCCCUCUCGUGGAGGCAGCGGAUGCAGGCGGCGCUCGACGUGGCCGACGGGCUCAACUACCUCCACAACUACACCAGGCCGCCCUACGUGCACAAGAACCUCAAGAGCAGCAACGUCCUCCUCGACGCCGACUUCCGCGCCAAGGUCUCCAACUUCGGCCUGGCGCGCACCGUCGCCGGCGCCGGCGGGCAGAUGACGUCGCGCGUCGUGGGUACGCAGGGGUACAUGGCGCCGGAGUACCUGGAGCACGGGCUGAUCGGGCCUCACCUCGACGUGUUCGCCUUCGGUGUCGUCCUGCUCGAGCUCCUGUCCGGGAAGGAGGCAGCGCCUGCGCGAGACGGCGGCGAGGGUGGCGAUGGCGAAGCAUUGGCGUUGCUGCUGUGGGAGGAAGCGGAGGGGCAGCUGGUGGUCGACGGCGACGAUGACGACGCGCGGGGCAAGGUGGCGGCGUUCAUGGACUCCCGGUUGCGUGGCGACUACCCGUCGGAGGUGGCUCUCGCGAUGGCUGCGCUGGCGCUGCGGUGCGUCGCGCGGGAGCCCCGCGCGCGGCCGUCGAUGGUGGAGGUGUUCCUCUCGCUCUCGGCGUUGCACGGCACAACGUUGGAUUGGGCCCCCCAUGCAACCCUGAGUUGAAAUUAGGCAUCGUGCUGAAAGAAGCAUGAAUUAUGUACUAGUAGUACACGAUAAGCGGCAGUAAAAAAUAUGAGGCAAUUAGAUAGGAUAGUAGAAUCAUCACAAAAUUGUGAAACCUAAUAAAUAUAAAUAGCUCAAAUAUACAUUUUCGAGAAAAAUAAUACUAGAAUGUUACAACUUGUGGGCUUGCAUUAUUGCGUUAUAAGACCCCUACGCUAUAGCCGUCGCACAGCAAUUUAUCUGAGAUUCUACUGGCCCCUACCUUUUCAAUGACCUGAUGUAUCCUAGUUACAACAACGAUGAACCUUUUUAGUUCUUUACUAUACAUGUGAAGCUGCCUGACCUUUCAGGACCUCGCCAUCAAUCAACGCAAUAUCACAAAAAGAAUUGUGGCAGCCAAGCCUUCGGUUGCAAUGCACAAGAAAUAGCGAUUUGAUCCGAUCUCAACGCACGAGGAGUCUAAAACAGUAUGUGCCAACGCACAACUGUCAACAUUUGUCUCGAACAGGAUCAUACAACUCCUAGCUUGAGGAGCUAGCUCGAUCCCU